AUGAAGAGUGGAGUUAUGGAGUAUGGCCGUUUCAAGGGAGUUCAUGUAAAGGAGAAUAUUAAUUCACACCUUCAUUAUCUGAACAGGCGCCAUAAGUUUGAUUUUAGAUUUGUUGCAGAUUUGGGAUGCGCUAACUGUAAGCUCUUAUGGAGGCUAAAAUAUCAUGAAUCCAUUGAAGUGCUUGCUGGACUGGAUAUUGAUGAGAACGUAUUAACACGUAACAUUUAUAGGUUACAUACAGGUGCUGGAGACUAUUUAGACCCCAGGGAGAGACCUUUAACUAUAACCUUAUAUCAUGGCUCUGUGGUGGAAAAAGAUCCUCGCCUCCUUGGAUUUGAUUUGAUAACAUGCAUUGAACUAAUAGAACAUCUAGAAGCCAAAGAGCUGGCCCAGUUCCCAGAAGUAAUAUUUGGAUUCUUCUCUCCAACCACGGUUAUUAUCAGCACACCAAAUUCCGAAUUUAAUCCCUUGUUUUCAGGAAAGACAUUAUUCCGACAUCCAGAUCACAAAUUUGAAUGGGACAGAAGACAAUUUCAGAGCUGGGCUUUAGAUGCUGCAAGACACUAUGGUUAUUCAGUGGAGUUUACUGGAUUAGGGGAACCACCACCUGGAGCUGAGGCUGUUGGGUUCUGUACUCAGAUAGGGGUCUUUGUGAAAAAUAUACCAAACACAGUUGAAUCUCUACACAGUGAAAAAACUAUAGAAUGUAUUCACACAACAGUUGGUACAGUGAUAUAUCCAAGCCUGAAGGAAGAAAAGUACCUUCGGAAGGCAGUAUCCAAUGAAGUUUUUUCUCAGAUCUUAACAAUGAAGAGAGUUCUACUAGAGAGUCUCAAAAUGAAGAAUGACAGUGAUAGUGGUGAUGAGCUCGAACUUGUGCACCCUGAAUGUGAUAAGUCCAAAAGCGACCCCACUGAGGAGACUCCCAAACCAUUCUGUAUCGAAAAAGUAUUUUAUAUACCUCUGGAAAGGCUUUUGUCUUUUCCCAAAAUAAAACACCUGUGUGGUGACCUUGAGACGUUAAAGAUGCUAAUUGCUGAUGAAGUAACGCUGAGCAGUGAUGGUUCUUCUGUCAUGAUUAACAUUGUCGAUGAAGAGGACUGGGAUUUGAGUGGCAGUGAUGGGGAUGACUUACUAUUUGGAUGACUACAAUGGGGGGGAUCAUAAUGGUGGUGGUUCUAAUAGGACUUUGCUUGUGAUGGGAAUGACCGUGAAGAUCAUUGCUAAGUCAUUGUUGUUGUUUUCACAAAUU